CCCCCCCCCUCUUCCAUCAUGACCCGCUCAGCACCAGGCAAACCCCUCCAACGCCUCGCCUCCUCAAUAUCCGCCUGCUCGGCGCAAUCAGCAGUAUACGGGAAAUGCGUGGUGGCACAAUAUGAGAAUAUCCACAAGAAUGCGUGCGAGAAGGAGUUUUUGGCGUUUAAGGAGUGUGUUAUGAAGGCGGCUGGGAGGAAGUGGUGAACGGACUUUUUCGAGAGUUACGGAACCAGUAAUAGGGCGUGUGAUGUACGAUAUGUGAUGAGAACAGAUGUAAGACGGCGUAGCGAGCAAUUCACGCCUAUGUCGGGCGACAGGGCUACAAAGGAUGUCGGUUAUAGAGAC